AUGGAGCGGGCAGCACUUCUCCCAAAAGCGAAGACUUGCUAUAGAACAGCGGCUACCACCGGUCUUAUUGUUAGCUAUCAGUUUCAUGAGCAGGAUGAAGAGGCAGUCAUAGCACGCAUGCCCAUUAUGUACUGUCGCUACAUUGAUGACUGCUGCGUAAUAACAUCAGCGCAGCAAGAGACGGAUGUAUUGUUUGAAAUCUUCGACCAACAGUCAGUAUCUCAGGUUCACAAGAGAAGUUUCGCACAAAGGCUAGCUUCUUGUCUGAACACGCAGCUAAAAAUCUCAGGUAGAAGGUAUGUUGUGAAGUGGUAUCAGAAGAACAGCUCGAGGAACAUCCUACUCCACGCAAAGGCUGCUCACCCUGAAGCUGUGAAACGUGCAGUAGUUCGUAACAUGUACAGUACGGUUACAGGAGUGUGUACAGGUGAAUUGAAACGAGAGGAGCAACGUAUGCUAACAUGCGAUAUCGGAAACUUGAUGGCUAUGGGACACAACACAGAAGGUCAGGCUCGAAAGCUUAUUCUCUGA